AUGGGUUACAUGUGUGACUUCUGUGGUGAACAAAGAUCUAUGGUGUACUGUCGUUCAGAUGCAGCGUGUCUUUGUCUCUCCUGUGACCGGAGUGUUCACUCUGCUAAUGCAUUGUCCAAACGACAUUCUAGAACACUUGUCUGCGAGAGAUGCAAUGCUCAGCCUGCAACUGUCAGGUGUGUUCAAGAAAGAGUUUCCCUCUGUCAAAACUGUGAUUGGUCAGGCCACAACAACAACAACUCUUCAUCAAAUGAUCACAAGAGGCAAACUAUAAGCUGCUAUUCUGGUUGCCCUUCAAGCUCGGAGCUCGCUUCUAUCUGGUCUUUCUGUUUGGAGUUAGCUGAACAAUCCGGUUGUGAACAAGAAAUGGGUAUGAUGAAUAUAGAUGAUGAUGGUCAGAACAACCAAAACUGUAGUGAGGAUAAGAAUGGCUCCUCUUCAAGGCCUGAAACCAGUUCUGCAGCUCCUGCAACUUCACCAUUUCCUAAGGAGGUUAGAGUGUGUGAAGAUGACUUUUAUGGGAACUUGGGUAUGGAUGAAGUUGACUUGGCUCUUGAGAACUAUGAAGAGCUCUUUGGGACAGCCUUUAACACCUCUGGAGAGCUCUUUGGACAAGGUGGAAUCGAUUGUCUUUUCCAGAAACAUCUUCAAGCAGCAGCUCCUGAGGGAGGGAAUCCAGUGCAGCCUGCUGAGAGCAAUGAUGAUUCUUUCAUGAGUUCAAAAACAGAACCAAUCAUUUGCUUCACAUCAAAGCCAACACAUUCCAACAUAUCUUUCUCUGGAGUCACUGGAGAUAGCAGCGCUGGAGAUUUUCAAGAAUGUGGUGCAUCAUCUUCCAUGCAGCUCUCAGGCGAGCCACCAUGGUAUCCUCAAACAUCACAGGAUAAUAAUGCUUGCUCACAUUCAGUGACUCGUAAUAACGCUGUUUUGCGUUAUAAGGAGAAAAAGAAGGCUCGCAAGUUUGAUAAGACAGUGAGGUAUGCUUCUCGCAAAGCAAGAGCUGACGUGAGACGGCGUGUAAAGGGGAGGUUUGUUAAAGCUGGUGAAGCUUAUGACUACGACCCACUCACUCCAACCAGAAGCUAUUGA